AGGGCAGGGCAGGGCAGGGCCGGGCGGUGCGGGACACCCGCGGGGCCGCUGGAAGGGGCUGGGGGCGGCCGGGGGAUGGGGGGCGCGGGAAGGGAGGCUGGCAGGGCGGGGAGCCCCGGUGUCAGCCCGCGGGGUGACCGUGCUGUGCCCCGCAGGUGCCGUGCGGAGGUGCCGGGCUGCCCCCUUAGCCCAGCUCGGGUACCACAAGCGGGGCCGAGCAUCUUCUCCUGCAUCCCUGGGCGCGUGACGUGGCUGCCGUCCAUCCGCGGGGAGAGGCCGUGCACAGGCCUGGGCACCGCUGACCUCCGGGCUCUGACCCCUUCGGGAUCCGUUCUCCAGGGAAUUCAGCUCAUCUGGGCCUGUCCUGCCCGGCUGCUCCUAUGGAGAUGCUUCAUGGAGCGUCAACAGACAGCACGUGCGGGCCCUCCCCGGCACGGAGCACGCAGCAGUAGCUGGGUGAGCUCGCAGAAGUCCUGCUGUGGUUUGUAAGCAAGGGCAGCUGUGAUUUCAGGGCCCUGCUCCCUCUCCCGAGCGCCGCGCCCUGGGAUGCUCCCCCUUGAGCUCCAAGCAGCCUCCAUCACCCUGGACGGAGCCACUGGGAAUUAUUUGGGAGCUGCUGGGAAGGAGCUGUGCCGGGGCAGAUGAGCGAGCCGGUGAUGAACGGGAGGGUGCCCCUGCCCGAGAAAGCCCUGUCCGAGGGCUACGCCCGCCUGAGGUACAGGGACACGUCCCUGCUCAUCUGGCAGCAGCAGCAGCAGAAACUGGAGUCGGCUCCCCCCAACACCUACCUGAGCCGCAGCAGGAGCAUGUGGUACUCGCAGUACGGCAACGAAGCCAUCCUGGUGCGGGACAAAAACAAGCUGGAUGUCUCCAGGGACACGGGGCAGUCCAAGUUUUGUGCUAUUAUGUAAUUCCCGGCAGGAAUCCGCACGUGGAGAGGAAGCAGAGCUGGGGGAGGAUGGAUGCUGGAUGUGACAGUGCAGGAAGAAGAGGAUGAGUUGUCCUUCCAUCUCUGUGAAUGUGACUGUAGUUUUCCAUUUCUGUGUGCCACUGGUCACAGCAGGGUUGCUGUGGCUGUUCUGUGAGCCAGUUGUGUGGUGGUGAUGCACUUGUUUCAAACACUGUCGUAGCCUCUUUGAUAAAGUGCAUUAAAAUGAUUUGAAUGCAGUUUGGUGAAUGGCUGUUUUUCCCCUGCUCUGGCACAGGUGACAGCUUUUGGCACUCCCCUUUUGGGAGGGAGGAAUCCCCUCAGUUACUGUGGGGCUCCAAACCCACCCCACUGGACUGGGAGCUGCAGGGGAGGCUGCUCCAGCUCCCCAAGGCCAGCAGCACCUUCAGGAUAAGGAAAGCUCUGGCUGUCACACUGAAUGAGGGAAUUAUUAUGAGAAAGACCUCAGAGAUUGUCACACCCAGCCUGUGCCUGAUCCCCGCUUUGUCACCAGCCCAGAGUGCCACAUCUGGGCCUUCCUUGGGCCCCUCCAGGGAUGGGGACUCCAACCCUCCCUGGGCAGCCCCUGGGAACCGUUUCCUCGGAGGAAUUGCUCCUGCUGUCCAACCUGAACCUCCCCUGAUGCACCCUGAGGCUGUUCCCUCUUGUCCUGGGAGACCAAAGCCCACCUCACAACCCUGGUUUAGGCAGCUGUGGAGAGCAAGGUGUUCCCUGAGCCUCCUUUUCCUCCAGGCUGAGCCCUCUUGGCUGCUCCUCACAGGACAGACUUUCCAGAGCCUUCCCCAGCUCUGUUCCCUUCUCUGGACUCAUUCCAGCCCCUCACUGUCCCUCGGGCAGCCCCAGGAUUCAUGGAAUGAGCAGUGAGUUGAACUUCAGUCGUGUCCUGUGUGUUCUCAACCUCCUCCCAGCCUGAAGAACAGCUCUGCUCUCUGCCCCCAGAAAUAACUCACCUGCAAAUCCACAGAAAUAUCCUCACCUGCCUCACAGGACACUCUUUAGGGACAGCUUGGACAAAGAGCCCACGGGAGUGGCACUGGGACCAGAGCACAGAACAGCUUUGCUGAAGCCUUGGAGGGGCAGUGAGCAGGAACAGGGUUAGACAAAGAUGAACCCUGGGGCAGCCUGUGCUAACCCACCUCACACACACAGCAAACAGCAAAACCAGCCCCAAUCCUCUCUGGUGACCAAAAUAGAUGCUGGCCCCCACACAGCAAUGCCAGGACUCUGCUGGCACUGGCAGCAGCUGCUCCAAGCUGUGCCUUCCAGGUCACCCUGAGCUCACAGCAGGUGACAAAGUCCCUCUGCUUCCUGCAGGUCCUGCUGCCUUCCAGGAAGCCAGCAGCAAACCUGGGUGAAAUCUCAUUUCUUUUCAGCCCAACUUACCUCCAUCAGGAGCAAUUCUCACAGAAUUUAAGACCCUGCAGACUGCAGGAUGCUGGGAAGAGCUCAAGCCCUUCCUUGGCUGCACUGGGACAUGGAAACAGCUGCUUCCCUCACCAGAAAAAAGGGAUUUAAAGCAGUUUUAUUCCAGGUACUCAGCCGUGAUUCAGACACCCCAGAGCUGCCCCACUCCGAGGGCAGUCAGCCCUUUGAGUGUGACAUUCCCUAAAAUAACUUCCAGAUUAUUCCAGGACUCGUGGCACCAGGAUUCAAACCCCUGAUGUUUGGCUCCUGGCACUGCCCAGUCCACGUUUGAGUGCCACACCUGGAAAAGAUGAGGAGAGGGGAAAAUAUGGGAUCAAACUGCACACACCAAACAAUUUUUCUUUUUAUUAUGAAAACAAAACGAAUGCCCCAGGACCAGGGUCCGUGAUUACCAGUAACAUCAAAGAUUACUUUCUAACUCUUUUUUAAUUCUGUUUUGUUUGAGGCCAGCAAUUUGCAAUAAACAAGCUAAACUACUUACAUUGACUCAUUUCUUUUCAAUAACUGACAUUUACAGGAAUAUACUAGAAAUGGCACUAAAAAGUUUUAAGAAAAAGAGUUACGGUAAAUUUGCAUGCACAUCAUACAGAAAAGUAACAAUUUCUUUUUUUCUUUUAAAUAUUAAAAAAACCCCAAAAUAACAAAACAAAAAAUACAACAACAAAUCUUUCUGGAUUGGUUAUGCCAGUAUCAGGGCUGUGUUCUAAGUGGCCUGUGUCAAAUCCUAGCUGGUGGUUUAAUUUCUUUUUUAAAAAUGACAUUUUAAAAAGAUAUGCAAAUACCAUUUUCUUUACAAAAUGCAGCUCAAGCAAGAUAACGCUGCUGUGUAAGGAAUCCUAAAUUUCUCUUUACUGAUGCAGAGCCUGCCCACAGUUAGCCCUAGUGGUAACUCUCACAGUUGAGAAGAGACUGAGAAUUUAAAUCCAGUACUAAAAAGGUUGUGGUUCGUCUUUGUCAUGCCCCGAUCCCUUCCCCUCAGCUCCAACCCCAGCUUUAAAAAAAACAUCAUUCCUUUCAAAACAAGGAAAAAAAAAACCCCAAAAUUAAAAACUGCUCCCCAAAGCAGAGAAAGAACUAGGUUAGGUAACUGCUGCUACCACACAGGGAAGAGGGAAGAGAGCUCAGGGGGAAAUGAUGCUUGUGUGUGUUUGGGGCUCACCACCCUGCCAGCAGUGACACAGCCCUGAAACAUCCCUCCCACACUUGCAAACCCUGGGGUAGGCAAGGUUCAAACCACACCAGUACAAAAAUUAAAAUGGUUUUGUUGUUUUUUUUGUUGUGGAGGUGACACAUUUGGUGUGCAGAGAGCUGAGAGACUCCUUCGGUCGCUGGGAUGGGGAAUCUCCCUCUGGUCCCACUGAGCCACGAGACAGGCUGAGUUUACAAUCAGAGAAAAGGUUCACAAAGUUUUUAAAAAGGUGCAGUAAUGCUGGUUGAUUGAGAAAGGUCUGGUCAGAUAUUUUGUCAAAACAGGAAUUAGUCCGAAAAAAGCAGUUUCAAUAAAACUCUGUGUGUAUGCAUACAUAUGAAAUCAUACUGAUUUCAGUGAAGUUUCCCCUGGAAAACAAAGUUAAACUUUGUUCAUUCAAGAAAAAUUCUACCAUAAAAAUUUAAUUUUUUUCCUUUUUUUUUUUUAUUCUUAAGUUUAAAAAUGUCCUUCAAACGUUGUGUGUUUGAUCGUUUCCAAGUUAUUUUGUGACAUCUGGACUGACGUGUCAUGCAAUAAAAGCCAGUUAAAUAAAUGCUCUGUUGCUUCAGUUCCCAACUCAUUCAGGACUGCUCUUUCUUACUCUGGACUGGAAACAUCUUUUCUUUCCUGGAGAAACUCAGGAUGUACAAGAGGCACCCCCAUGGACAUGGUGGGGAUAACGAGCACUACAAACAAGCUGGGAAUGGAGAAGUGUAAGGACAGCAUUUGGAAGGGAGGAGUCACCAAAUUCUUCCCUCAGUCAUGCCAAAAUGGAUUUCUCCCUGCUCCAUUUUGUUGGGAACACCUCACUUUCCACGCAGAGUUUCCCAAUAAGUGGAAGCCCAAGUUGCAGCUGGUGGAUCAGAGAUGUGCAGCAGAUUCUUUUCGUUCCGUGGUGGCCUUGGCAGGUUGUUUUCCUGGGAAAGCCCCAGGCUGGGAUGGUUUUCCAGCUCCAGCAGGGAUCCUCCUCCAGCGCUGAGCAGCCUCAGGCCACGCUUCUCCCAUCACCUCACACCUGGCUCUCAGCCUCUGGCUCCAGCUUUCCCAGCUAAUUUUGGUGGGGCAGCCCCGUGGCUCCUUGAGGGAUGUCUGUGUGUUCCAGGGGCUGUUCCUGCUGUCAGAGGACGGUGCCAGAGCUGAAAUUCCCAGGAUUUUUUGUGGCAGUGAUGCUGUCGCCUCCGGUCUGUCCUCCCCACAGCAGCCACCACCACAGCUCAGGGUCAAGCACACAGGAAAAGGUCUCAGGAAGGGAAAACUGGGAGUUUGUUUAUCCAAAAGCCAUGGCAGUGAAUUGGUUGCAAUUAUUCCUUAAAAUAUUCCUUGGUUUUGGUCAUUCAAGUCGCAGGCAACAGGAGAAACACAGGUGAAACCCAACCCCGUUAAAAAGAAACCCAAGCUCUUAAUCAGGUGAAUAUUACAUUUCCUCAUAGUAAAUUCUGAAAAUAUAUUACCAGGGAUCUGUUUAGGGGAAGGUUUUGUAAGGGUAGAACUUAAAAAAAAAAUAUCAGAACUGAACUCCAUUGUUAAUGGAAAAGAAAAAUCAUGAUUCUGUGCUUCUGGGAGAGCACAGAAGGUGAAAUUUAGGGCUACCCCACAGGGGAGAGGCAGUUUUAGGGGCUGGUGCUGGAGAUGGAAAGGCAGAACUUUCUGUUAAAUUCUGUAUAUUUUUUUUCUUUAUAAGAAAAAUAAUUUACAAUAAAACUUCUGCCCCUCAGAUUACAAAUUUGAUAUAAUUGUAGAACUGGUGUUUUCCUAAAAUUAGAUUAGAAAAGGAUCAAACCCCCAUUGUUCUACCAAAACAAAAUAAGAGGGGAGGAAAAAAGACCACUGAGAAAAUAAAACUGUAUUGAAGUAUAUGUCUCCAAAAUCUGUACAAAACAGGAAAAAAGGGGUCUGGGGUGAAAAGUGGAGGAAAAAAAAUCUAAAAAUGAACACACCAAACAUGACAGAGCACCAGACACACGAGAGACUGGACUGUAGCACCUGUAGGUAGAAAGUCCAAGGUAUAUAAAUAAAGUUGUGGAUUUUUAUUUGCUUUGUUGUUUGUUUUUUAAAUCUGGUUCAAAUCUCAUUAAAAAUCUUCCUGUCUGCUGGCCUGCAAAACCCCAGCUUUGCUUUUGUUAGGUUUUAUUACAUUUUAAACGACCAAUGGUGUUUAAUAAAUAAAGUCAUGGUAUGUACAUGAAAUUAGGGACACUGAAACCAGGGUGCAUUGCAGCAGUGCAGGUCAAAAUGUUAGGCUGGACUGAAAAAAACAGCAAGCUUUAAAAAAAUUUGCUUUUUAAAAAAUUCUCCCUCCCCUCUUUCUUCUUUUCACUGAGGUAAAACAUUUCAGUGCCUGGAACUUGAGCCCUGCCUGACACAGGAGGAGCAUCCCCCUUCCCAGGAGCUCACUACCAGAAUGAUGAGGAGAAGGGAGAAAACCAAAGCAAACUCAAAAGCAAAAAGCCCAAACACACACAAAACCCCUCUCCACUUCCCCUGCCAGCUCAGCCUCAGCUGGAGCUCAAGUGCUGCUUUAUUUUAAGCCCAGGCUGAGGUGUUUGUCAUGGAGGAAUUGCCCAAGAUGUGCCCAGUCAUGGGCACAUGACUUGUCCUGGUCACCUCAGGGGUCACUCCAGGCUCCAGCUGGCAACUCCCAGCCAAAAAAACUCCUGUCAGCUCCAUGACAGCUUUCAUAGAGAGCGUCCCAUUUCCUGGAAAUGAUCUAUUUCAUGGUAAAAAUAACAUUCCCAAGAAACCUGAGGGUGUCCCUGCUCCCUUCUUCCCAAUGAAUCCCCAGGAAAAGUGAAGCCUUUGAGUGGAAAACCAAGAAAUGCAACCACUUCUAUUGCUCGUGUGCUUAAAAGUUAAAUUCAUGCUUCAAGACCUUCCUGAACAGGUGCCUAUGCCUCUACCAAGAUUAAAAAAAAGCAUGUUAGCAAUCCACAGUACAUGAGAAUUUUUUUGGAUUUUUUUUGUUGUUUUUAUGUAAAAAGAUGAUAGCAUCUGACAUUUUCAUCACACUGUAGACUUGGAGAUUAAGAAUACUAGUGCUAAUAACAAAUACACCAACUAGUUCAAAAGCUAACAUCUUUCAGAUACAGUACCAUUUUACAGAGAUUUCUUUAAAAAAAGAUGGUUUUUACCUUGUGUGAGCCAGGCAGGCUUAUUAAAAGAGAAUAUUCUGGGGAGAGGGAAGGGCUGGGAGGGAAAUGUACUACAAACCUUGCAGAAUUUUCUAUUUAUCUCCUGCUAAGAGCUCAAAGUUCUUCCAUUUUCGACCAAUUUUCUCCAGAUAAAUGUAAAUUUUAGAGACUUUAUGCAAAGAGAACUAUUUGUCAUAAAGUCUAGUCACACACACACACUCAAAGAUCUUUGACCUAUUAAAAAGAGCCCCCUCCCCCCCCC